AUGUCAAUUUCUUCCCCAUCAAACACCCUUCCACUUCUCAAAAGCGGCCGCGUCUCUUUUGAAGAAGCUCUAAUUGACCAAUACAAUGUGCUUCAUCGUCUAAACUACCCCAAGAAACAAGAAGAGUUUUGGUCGUAUCUUGUUUCGCGCAAGUCCGACAUCGAGGCAAUUGUCCGCUUCCACCUCACAGUCGACCGUUGCCAAGUUGCCGAUGAAUCUCAGUGGCUAUAUGGCAGCUACAAUGUUUGCAUUCCGGUGUACAUCAACUGGCCGGCGGAUGAGCGAGUCCUUGUUCGAAUCCCCCUGCCGUACAAGAUUGGUGAAGCGCACAAUCCUGGAAAUGUCGAGGAGAAACUUCGCUGUGAGGUGGCAACAUACAUCUGGAUGGCUGAACACUGCCCUGCGGUUCCUAUUCCUUCUUUGCAUGCGUUUGCGUUCCCCAAUGGACGAACUCUUUAUCGGGGAUGGUCGACUGCUCUCGGACACCUUGGCGAUAAGCAACGAAGGAAUAUCCUCUUCCAUGACAUUUCCCGUAUCAUGCUUUCCAUCAAUCGCACCGCUCUACCACGUAUCGGAUCAUUGACACUGAAUGACGAUGGUUUCAUUCAUCUAACAAACCGCCCUCUGACCCUCCGCCUCCAAACCAUGGAGAACGAAGGGAUCCCCACGAUCCCCAGGCAUUCCACUUACGGGUCUAUCGAACCGUAUAUUCUAGAUAUGUUACAGUGCCAUGACAACCGAAUCCGCCGCCAGCCAAAUGCAAUCCACAGCACAAAUGACGGGGAACAGCAACUGGCGGCAUUGACAAUGAUGCGCGGACUUCUUCCGCAGUUUGUAUCUCGAGAGCAUCGUGAUGGCCAGUUUGUCCUCACAUUGACGGACUUGCACCCCAGCAAUAUUUUCGUCGAUGACGAUUGGCAUAUUACUUCCCUAAUUGACUUGGAAUGGGCAUGCUCUUUUCCAAUCGAAAUGCAAACUGCCCCGUAUUGGCUUAACCGGUCGACCUAUCGACGACAUUGA